GGUCCCCGCCGCCCGCGUACGGGGUGACGCAGCGCCGCCUCCCGCAGCCCGCCGCCUGCCGCCCGGGCCACUGCAGGGGCCGCUAACGGUCCGGCGCCCCUCGGCGUCCGCGCGCCCCCAACCUGGCGGACGAGCCCGCCGGCGGAGAUGGGGGCGACGGGGGCGGCGGAGCCGCUGAACUCCGUGCUGUGGGUGAAGCAGCAACGCUGCGCGGUGAGCCUGGAGCCCGCGCGGGCUCUGCUGCGCUGGUGGCGGAGCCCAGGGCCCGGAGCCUGCGCCCCCGGCGCGGAUGCCUGCACUGUGCCUGUAUCUGAGAUCAUCGCUGUUGAGGAAACAGACGUUCACGGGAAACAUCACAGCAGUGGAAAAUGGCAGAAAAUGGAAAAGCCUUACGCUUUUACAGUUCACUGUGUAAAGAGAGCACGACGGCACCGCUGGAAGUGGGCGCAGGUGACUUUCUGGUGCCCAGAGGAGCAGCUGUGUCACUUGUGGCUGCAGACCCUGCGGGAGAUGCUGGAGAAGCUGACGUCCAGACCAAAGCAUUUACUGGUAUUUAUCAACCCCUUUGGAGGAAAAGGACAAGGCAAGCGGAUAUAUGAAAGAAAAGUGGCACCACUGUUCACCUUAGCCUCCAUCACCACUGAUAUUAUCGUUACUGAACAUGCUAAUCAGGCCAAGGAGACUCUGUAUGAGAUUAACAUAGACAAAUACGACGGCAUCGUCUGUGUUGGCGGAGACGGCAUGUUCAGCGAGGUGCUGCACGGUCUGAUUGGGAGGACGCAGAGGAGCGCCGGGGUCGACCAGAACCACCCCCGGGCCGUGCUGGUCCCCAGCAGCCUCCGGAUCGGAAUCAUUCCUGCGGGGUCAACGGACUGCGUGUGUUACUCCACCGUGGGCGCCAGCGACGCAGAAACCUCGGCGCUGCACAUCGUUGUCGGGGACUCGCUGGCCAUGGAUGUGUCCUCGGUCCACCACAACAGCACACUCCUCCGCUACUCCGUGUCCCUGCUGGGCUACGGCUUCUACGGGGACAUCAUCAAGGAAAGUGAGAAGAAACGGUGGUUGGGUCUUGCCAGAUACGACUUUUCAGGUUUAAAGACCUUUCUCUCCCACCACUGCUAUGAAGGGACAGUGUCUUUCCUCCCUGCACAACACACGGUGGGAUCUCCAAGGGAUAGGAAGCCCUGCCGGGCAGGAUGCUUUGUUUGCAGGCAAAGCAGGCAGCAGCUGGAGGAGGAGCAGAAGAAAGCGCUGUAUGGUUUGGAAACUGCGGAGGACGUGGAGGAGUGGCAAGUCGUCUGUGGGAAGUUUCUGGCCAUCAAUGCCACAAACAUGUCCUGUGCUUGUCGCCGGAGCCCCAGGGGCCUCUCCCCGGCUGCCCACUUGGGAGAUGGGUCUUCUGACCUCAUCCUCAUCCGGAAAUGCUCCAGGUUCAAUUUUCUGAGGUUUCUCAUCAGGCACACCAACCAGCAGGACCAGUUUGACUUCACUUUUGUUGAAGUUUAUCGCGUCAAGAAAUUCCAGUUUACGUCGAAGCACAUGGAGGACGAGGACAGUGACCUCAAGGAUUCGGGGAAGAAGCGCUUUGGGCACAUCUGCAGCAGCCACCCCUCCUGCUGCUGCACCGUCUCCAACAGCUCCUGGAACUGCGACGGGGAGGUCCUGCACAGCCCCGCCAUCGAGGUCAGAGUCCACUGCCAGCUGGUUCGACUCUUUGCACGAGGAAUUGAAGAGAAUCCGAAGCCAGACUCACACAGCUGAGAAGCCGGCGUCCUGCUCUCGAACUGGGAAAGUGUGAAAACUAUUUAAGAUAAUUAUUACAGACCAAUUAUGUUGAUAUAUACAUUGAAAUGUAGAAAUUUAUUUUUGAUAGUUAAAUCUUGAUUUUAGAAGAAAACCCUUUUGUCAACAAGGUUGCAGCCCACGCCGCUUACUCUCAGCGGAUGCAGCUGCUCACUUGGGGGCACUGGCCUCUUAGGUUUUAACAAUGUCAACAGUGUAGUUUAGAAAAUGGCCCGUUAGUGGCUCUAUUGCAAUAAUGUUAGGGACAUUAUAUGAUUUCCACGCAGGUCACACCAUCUGGGCCUGAGGUAGCAGUGGGUCACUUUGAUCCACUUUGCAGGACUUAUUCUGUAAUGGUUUGUGGCCAAGUUUUGGGAAGUGGUUGAUUCUCUUUGCCUUCAUUUCACCUUCCUCUUCGUUUACGGUUAGGACAUCGCUGCUUGAUCCUUACAGUACUGUGCAACUGCAAUGCAACAUGGCCCUGCUUCAGGUGAUCCGCGGGAGGGGCCUCCACGCCAGCACGGGAAGGCUGCUGGGGCCUCCACACCUGCCUCAUCACGGCGGCGUGGCUAAGACAAUCCGGCUGGGAGCAUGACCUUGGCGUCUGUUCUGGGAGCACAGAUGAUAAGCUCUGGAAGCUGGCAGUGUGGAAAGCACUGGCAAGUUUAUUACUGUUAAAAUGUCAAAUACCAACGCUUUAUAUCGACACGAAGCGCUUAACACAGCUGGGCUUGGGGGGCAGUCAGGAGGAAGCUGGCCAUCCGUGGAGGAGGGGCCGUUCCUGCACUCCGGCAGGAUUCCUCUGAUGCAGGCCCUGAAGUCUGUACACGUGGUCCAGAUUUGUCCUUGUCUUUUCUUCACACUGAGUUCUCUAUAUUUAUUGAACAUCUUGUCCUUUUAAGCCAGAAUAGUGUAAACUGCAUCUCGGAUGUCUGUCUUUUGUCUCGAAGCCACGAUGGAUCACUGGCUUCCUCUGAAGCGCGAGGGCUCCGGCGACCAGAGGAUUCUUCCCGGAAGGCAUUCCUGCCCCGCUCCCCGGGGCACCCCUCAAUUGUGUACUACGUCCUUGUUUAGUGUGUAUCCAUGCCUAUGUAGAUGAUAUCUGUAACUUAGUUUUGUUUGAGAUGUGAGAAUAUGCAGCUGAAACUUUGAUCUGUGAGAGUGGGCCGUGGCCGUUUGCAGCACGCUGUGGACACCGUUCCUCGUGCUGCCGGGUGGGUUUUGCAGAGGCUUCCUUAGUGAUUGCACAUUUAACUGGCAGCAUCCAUUUUCAGAAUGUCCCGGCAUUCAUUUGUAUUUUGAAGCAUACAGGAAACUUCUCAUUUCCUCAUUUAGCCCCACCCAGGUCAGGUGAAAGGGCAGCUUUAAUGGUGGUUUUUAAGGACCACAUUAUCAGAGAGCACUGUGCAAGCUGAAUGGUUCAAUAAUGAAUGGCUGAAUGAAAGUUCUGGGUGUAAAGAGUAAAUAUGCCCUGGCUCUUUCUACCAAUGUUUGCUCCUGGUUGGAAAGAAACCAAAGAUUUAAGAUGGGCUGCUCUUCCAGACUGGCCGUGCCUGCCUGUGCCCAACAGCCUGUGCAGCCGGCAGUGUGCCUGGUGUCACGCCAGGAGGCUGUGGCUGCUGUGGGCCCUCUGGAACUGUGCUCCUCACAAAUUUCCCCCAAAAGGUUCUUCUAAGCCUUUAUCGUCCCUGGUAAAUGUUUCCCGGCGGGGCGCGGUGGCUCACGCCUGUAAUCCCAGCACUUUGGGAGGCCGAGGCGGGUGGAUCACCUGAGGUCAGGAGUUUGAAACCAGCCUGCCCAACAUGGUGAAACCUCGUCUCUACUAAAAAUACGAAACUUAGCCGGGCUUGUUGGCGCAUGCCUGUAAUCCCGGCUACUAGGGACGCUGAGGCAGGAGAAUCGCUUGAACCCAGGAGGUGGAGGUUGCGGUGAGCCAAGAUUGCGCCACUGCACUCCAGCCUGGGCAACAGAGGGAGACUCCGUUCCCUCCCCGCCUCCACACACAAAAAAAACAGUUUCCCAUACACUGGCCUGCUCCAAAACCCACUAACUAUUUUAGCAAAACAGUCCAGGCCAAAGAGGAAGCAUUUUACGUUCAAUAAGAAACCCAGCCAUUCCACAUGGCUGGUUCCUGAGUGGCUUUGGUGAUACUCGCCAGCCAGCUGCUGACAUUCAGAAUCUCAGACCUCGGGACUGCUGUUUCGGUACCGUGUGUCUGACACCCGCCAGGAGCCCUUUGCUAUCUGCACGCAGGAUGGGGGUGACUGCCCAGACAUUCCCGCUUGAUAGGGGCAGCCUUUCAGAUGCAGCAGACAUACAACACCUGUACUUUGGAGUUUUAAGGAAAAAAAAAUCAGAAGUGCUGGUUAGAUAGUGAAAACUUAGGAUAACUUAGAAAGGUUAGUUUUAGCUUCCUUUGUGGCUCCCUGGUGCAAAACAAUUAGCAGUUAUGCAAUGGACCUGAUUCUAGUUUAUUCUAAUUAAGAAGUGAGGCCGGGCGGAGCCUGCCUCUGAUGGCGGGGCUUGACUUUGUUCCUGAAUACAAUCUUGAGUAACUGGGAAAGUCUGAGUGAAAGGAUGGCCUCAUUCUCUUUCUAAUCUUGCUGGUUUCAAGAUUAGAAAAUGGCAUUAUUUGAUCUGAAAUGUUUGAGAAGUCACAAAUAAAGUUACUUGGGCAGA